AUGGUCCCCGGGGAAUUGGCCAAGCUGUACUACACGCCGCUGGGUGCGCCGUGUCGCGCCGUGUUGCUGGCUGCACGAGCGCUGAAGAUUAACCUCAACCUCUCUCCCUUGGACAUGCACCAUAAGAAGGAGCACUUGGAAGAGUGGUACGCCAAGAUCAAUCCCCAGCGCAUCACGCCGACGCUCGUGGACUCCAAAUACGUCCUCUGGGAGAGCCGAGCCAUCAACAAGUACCUGGCUUUGAAGCAGCGAGACACAGAGCACCGCGACAUUUCCCACCAGCUGUGGCCGAGCGAUCUUCGGCAGCAGUCGCGAGUAGACAGGCUGCUUUACUUCGACAUGGGCACGCUUUACCAGUCAAUGACCGAGUAUUUCAAACCAAUGUUAACCUCUGCGAAAAAUCCUGAAAAAGACAAGAUCCUUGCUUUGGAGAACAGCUUGCGAUUGCUCAACCUGUUCCUUCAGGAUUCGAAAUAUGCUGCUGGAGAUCAUCUCACUCUGGCAGAUAUAUCGCUCGUAACUUCCAUUAGUCAGUUGGAGCCCUAUGGUUAUAAAAUGGAUGCUUCCAAGUAUAAUGAGGUGGAGAGCUGGCGAGAGAGAGUCGUCAGUGCAAUGCCGUUCUACGAAGAGGUGUCUCGCGACGCGCUCAGGGCGUCUGCGGCGUGGGCUGCUUACAAACUUAAGCUGAUUGACAAAAAGAAAAACCCAACUGAUUCUUGA